CCGGCGGGUGCGAGCGGCCGGUGGCUGCCGUGGCCUGCUCUCCCGAUCCUUUCCGUCCCUCGCCGCGACCCCAGCUUUUGACCCCGGGGGCGGCUUCUCUGUGGCGAGAGAGCAGGGCCAGGUGCAGCUCUCGCCUGACCCGCGAGGUUGAGUCCCCUGUCGCGCUGUGCCGCCCAUCUGUGCGCGGGCCUGUCAGAAACCCCCUCUCCUGAGCGGUUAAGGACACAGACCUAGAGCGGCCCCACGGGCUGCCCAGUGGCAGGGGGAGCGCCGGGCCGCCGCCAGCGGGGGUUGGGGGAGAUGCCCCUAAACGUGAAAUGGCCUUUCCCCGCGGUGCCGCCGCUCACCUGGACCCUGGCCAGCAGCGUCGUCAUGGGCUUGGUGGGCACCUACAGCUGCUUCUGGACCAAGUACAUGAAUCACCUCACCGUCCACAACAAGGAGGUGCUGUACGAGCUCAUCGAGAACCGAGGCCCUGCCACGCCCCUCAUCACCGUGUCCAAUCACCAGUCCUGCAUGGACGACCCUCAUCUCUGGGGGAUCCUGAAACUCCGCCACAUCUGGAACCUGAAGUUGAUGCGUUGGACCCCUGCGGCUGCAGACAUCUGCUUCACCAAGGAGUUGCAUUCCCACUUCUUCAGCUUGGGCAAGUGUGUGCCUGUGUGCCGAGGAGCAGAAUUUUUCCAAGAAGAUAACAAGGGGAAAGGCGUUUUGAACACAGGCAGGCACAUGCCAGGUGCUAGAGAGAUAAGACAGAAAGGAGACGGCGUCUACCAGAAGGGGAUGGACUUCAUUUUGGAGAAGCUCAACCAUGGGGACUGGGUGCACAUCUUCCCAGAAGGGAAAGUGAACAUGAGCUCCGAGUUUCUGCGCUUCAAGUGGGGAAUUGGGCGCCUGAUUGCUGAGUGUCAUCUUAACCCCAUCAUCCUACCACUGUGGCAUGUUGGAAUGAAUGAUGUCCUUCCUAACAGUCCGCCCUACUUCCCCCGCUUUGGACAGAAGAUCACCGUGCUGGUCGGGAAGCCCUUCAGUGCCCUCCCUGUACUAGAGCGGCUCCGGGCAGAGAACAAGUCAGCUGUGGAGAUGCGCAAGGCCCUGACCGACUUCAUUCAGGAGGAAUUCCAGCACCUGAAGGCUCAGGCAGAGCAGCUCCACAAUCACUUGCAGCCUGGGAGAUAAGCUCCGCUGGGCUGGGUGCUGGGCUCUGGCCUCCCCUCAGCCCAGGCAGCAGCGGGCUCUGAGGCUCAGGGAAGAGGCGGCGCUAGGACCCCAGCCCCAGCCAGGUUGGCCCUCAGUGCUGCCUUUUGGAUUCUCGCCCUGCACUGAGCUGGGCUGGGGAUGGACUGAUGCUUUUAGCUCUGAUAUGGUUUUCAGAGAUGUGUUCAUAACCCUUACUGGGUGCCCUGUCCCAGCCCCUCUGUGGUUCUUCAGUUAAAGAAAUGGCCUCAGCUGCUCCUCCCACUUGACCAGAAAGGAAGGAAGAAGCUUAGGCAGAGGCCUUCUUCCUUCUUGCCUUCAGAUGUUCUCUCCCAGGGGCUGGCAUCAGGCGGGAGCAUGGCAGGCAGGUGAGCAAGUAGUUCGGUGGCGAAGCGGGUGGCCUGGCUGGAGCUGUGAGAGGGAACCAUGAGGCCCCUCGGCCUGGCUCCCACCCAGCCUCGCCCUUGCUGAACCAAGAACUGCUUACUGCCAACUCAGGGAUGGCCAUGGGCCACAUCUUCUUUCUGCCCGAGCUUCCCCCACCUGCAGGGCCUGGCCUCAGGUGGGCUGCAGGCAUGAAGAGCAGCCCUUUGCCAGAAAUCAAGCCCAGCCAGAUGGAGCCCGUGGCAAGAGCUGAGGUCUGGCUGCUUGCCCCCAUGCCAGGACCUACCGACAACUCCAUUCUUUCUGCCCCCCAGCAUCACUGUCGUCCUGGGGCUGGGGUUUUCAUGUUUUAUAAAGAAAACGAUAAAGCCUCUGUGCUGAUCUGUUGUA